UGCACUGUUUACAUGAAUUAAAGGAAAAAACAGGAGCGAAAAUCCUGGACGAUAAUAAAAGUAACUCUCCACCAUACCGCCUCGAAAAAAAGUUAAAAUCAGAUCUUACCGAAAGAGAAAGCUAGACAACAAGAAUGGCGAUUCCGAUACCCAGUAGGCAGCUCUUCAUCGAUGGUCAAUGGAAAGAGCCAGUCUUGAAGAAGCGAAUCUCCAUCAUCAACCCUGCCACUGAAGAAAUCAUCGGUGACAUUCCGGCAGCUACGGCAGAAGAUGUGGAGCUUGCUGUGGCUGCUGCCCGAAAAGCCCUUUCUAGGAACAAGGGCGCGGACUGGUCUUCAGCACCUGGAGCUGUUCGUGCCAAGUACCUACGUGCUAUUGCUGCCAAGAUGACAGAGAGAAAAGAAGUGCUAGCAAAAUAUGAAGCAAUUGAUUGUGGAAAGCCAUUGGACGAAGCAGCAUGGGACAUGGAUGAUGUUGCAGGGUGUUUUGAGUACUAUGCUGACCUUGCCGAAGGUUUGGAUGCAAAGCAAAAGGCACCUGUUUCUCUUCCGAUGGACACAUUCAAAAGUUACGUACUUAAAGAACCUAUUGGAGUUGUUGGGUUGAUCACACCAUGGAACUACCCUUUAUUGAUGGCUACAUGGAAGGUAGCUCCUGCCUUGGCUGCUGGAUGUGCUGCAAUUCUAAAGCCAUCUGAAUUGGCAUCUGUAACUUGUUUGGAGCUUGCUGAUAUUUGUCAAGAGGUGGGUCUCCCCGCUGGUGUCCUUAAUAUUUUGACCGGGUUAGGACCUGAAGCUGGCGCACCUUUGGCAAUUCAUCCCCAUGUCGAUAAGAUUGCAUUUACUGGAAGCACUGCCACUGGCAGUAAAAUUAUGGCAUCUGCAGCUCAAUUGGUCAAGCCUGUUUCACUGGAGCUUGGUGGAAAAAGCCCCAUUGUCAUCUUUGAUGAUGUCGACCUUGACAAAGCUGCUGAAUGGACUGCCUUUGGUUGCUUCUGGACAAAUGGUCAGAUUUGCAGUGCAACAUCUCGUCUUAUAGUGCAUGAAAGCAUUGCAGCUGAAUUCUUGGACAAACUUGUAAAAUGGAUGAAAAACAUAAAGAUCUCAGAUCCUCUGGAAGAAGGUUGCCGGCUUGGCCCUGCUGUUAGCGGAGGGCAGUAUGAAAAAGUGUUGAAGUUUAUCUCAACAGCUAAGAGUGAAGGUGCAAAAAUUUUGUGUGGUGGUGGUCGUCCUGAGCAUCUAAAGAAAGGGUUCUUCGUAGAACCAACCCUCAUUAGUGAUGUGACCACCUCCAUGCAAAUUUGGAGAGAAGAAGUAUUUGGACCUGUUCUGUGUGUGAAAACAUUUUCUACUGAAGAUGAAGCCAUUGAAUUAGCAAAUGACACGCACUAUGGCUUAGGUGCUGCUGUGAUUUCAAAGGAUCUAGAAAGAUGUGAGCGCUUAACUAAGGCUUUUCAAGCAGGAAUUGUGUGGAUCAAUUGCUCACAACCAUGCUUCUGUCAGGCUCCAUGGGGAGGCAACAAACGUAGUGGUUUUGGGCGUGAACUUGGAGAAUGGGGACUUGAUAACUACUUGAGCGUGAAGCAGGUUACUCAAUACAUCUCUGAUGAACCUUGGGGCUGGUACAAGUCUCCUUCGAGGCUGUGAAAGCUUUUUCCUCCGGUGAAGUAGUUAAUAAUAAGAAUAUUCUAGAUAUUCUUGCAAUAAGGAGAGGAAUAUUAUCAAUAUAAAGUAGCAGAGAACUAUGUUGAGUUUGAUUGUGCUAGUGUUCAUGUUGUACCCUCUUUGUGCAAUAUCGAAAAACAUUCAUGAGGUCCUGGUACUUGAAGAAACAUAUUGGCAGAUCUCUCUAGAUGAUUGUACAUUUUGUGACGUGAACAACUAAGAUCCCUAUUUGAACUUGACAAGCAAAUCUAUUAAAUAAUCCCCAUCUGGUAUAUAUUUUGAA